GAACGAAAUAUAAAUUAUACGAGGUUGAAAUUUAGUCUGAGACCUAGACUCCAUACCCCGAGUUUCCUGUGUAAACUUGUCAUUGUAAAAAUUGGAGCCUGUCUGAACCCUCUUUCCAAUUUCCCACAGCUCGCCUCCAAGCCACAAUGGUUCGGAUGAGUGUUCUGGCAGACGCACUCCGGUGCAUCUGCAAUGCAGAGAAGCGCUGCAAACGCCAAGUGAUGAUCAGACCCUGCUCCAAGGUCAUCAUCAAGUUUCUCAUGGUCAUGAUGAAGCAUGGCUACAUCGGUGAGUUUGAGAUCAUCGAUGACCACAGAGGAGGCAAGAUUGUGGUCAACCUGACUGGGCGUCUCAACAAGUGUGGUGUCAUCAGCCCUCGCUUUGACGUAUCGCUGAAGGAGAUAGAAACCUGGACCGGUAGCCUGCUUCCGUCCAGACAGUUUGGAUAUGUCGUCCUCACAACAUCCAGUGGCAUCAUGGAUCACGAAGAGGCGAGACGGAAGCACGUCGGAGGAAAAAUGCUGGGUUUCUUUUUCUGAUUCGAUACUCCUUCAAUAACUUAACAAGACAGGGAGCCGACAGGGCGGGGGGGGGGGGGGGGGGGGGGGGGCUAGCAGAAUGCAACAACUUUAUAAAGGGAAAACCCAUAAAAUUGUACACUUGUUUAAUAAAAGCAAAGAUGGGCCGCCAUGUUAGACCAUAUGAACAGUUGAGGGAAUAAACAAACGUUGAAAACAGAACCAGGAAAAA